GAAAAGCUGAGUAUUCACCUCAGACCUGUGCAUAAUUCCUUUCUAUUGUUUCUGAUGGCGUGGAGUGUGGGCAGUAAAAGUUUACUAUGUCUAGGACUUUUUGUGGUUGCUAGUUCAUUUUGCAGUUGUAGCCCCCUGACGAGGCUUAAGGCACUGGAUAAAUCAAAAGAAAACUCGAUGAUUAGCCGAGGAAGUGGUCUGCACCAUGGACGACUCCUCAUUGGGCAAAACUCUCUGCAAGGUGCAAAAGUUAAAGCAAUCGGUACCUCAAUGGAACUCCUGGAUUUAGAUGCUGAUUACCAAGCUGAUAUUGGUUGGGCAGAGCCCAAACAAGCUAAAGGACAAGGUGACGACUCGUCAAGCCCAAAGCCAGGCGAGGCAGUGGUGGAUCAACUUCUUAAACUGGAACCGAAGGUUGAAUGUACAGGAGACUCCAUGAAGCUUCAAAUCCAGGGUGCUGCCUCUACCCCUGGAUCUCUAUUCUUUGUGGACCGAGGAAGCAACCUGUCUCCACUGCCCCUGUCCAAGUUGCCUCAAAGCUGUGGUUACACAAUCCAGUCAACAAGGAGAGAUUUUGUCUUGGUUGCACCCUAUGAUGGCUGCUUUGUUGCUCAUGAGGAGGACUGCUAUGUUCUCCCCUUGCGUUGGUGCGGGUUACCGGUGAGGAUGUCAUGUCCUUUGAUGAGACCUUCUGCACCUAACCCUCCAAUGGUCACCUGCCACUCUGAGGGCAUGGUUGUGAAAACCGAUUGGAUGAUCUCUGUUGCUAAAAUUAAAGUAAACUUGAAUGAUGUCUGGGAGCCUCUGAUGAGGGCCUCAGCCAAAUGUGGGUUCAGCAUAGUUGUACAUCCUGAUGGUGUUGUCAUCUCUGUUCCCUAUGCACCCUGCCUGAAGAAAAAGGAUGGUCUGUACACCCUGGAACUCUAUGGAGAUGGAGAAACCAAAAUUUCCUGUCCAUCACUGUCAGCAACUGAACCUGAACCCACAAAAAGCCCACCAAAGUAUCCAGAACUGCAAACUGAAGUGCCAAGCAAAGGGGUACAUCCCAUGACCCCAUCUCAUAAUUCUGGUUCACCUCCUGAUCAAACUUUUGCUCAGAACCCAGAGGUACCAUACUAUCCUUCGUACCCACAUUACUUCUACCCUUAUCCAGAUCUUAAACCUGUAACUACUGCGCAGCCACUGUCAUCUCCUUUAAGCAAGACAACUGAAGUGCAAUCCAAACAAACUGCCCCUGAAGGACAAAUGCCCCAGAAAUUCCAGCCUUUUUAUGUCUGGCCAUCUCAACCUGAACAAGUGCCUGUUGAAAAAGAGACUCCAGUAGACUCUUCAGCCACCCAACGACCUAAUGAAAAAGUGGAAAACCCUUUUUAUCAUUAUCCACACAAUUUUCAACACCCUAACUUCAUUCCUGUACAGAUGCCUGAAAACCCUGCUACGCAGUCACCAGUAACUAAACCACCGCCAGGUAAAUUCCCUGAAUAUGUCCUUCCAAAUUACUACCCAUCUGGACCUACUCAGAAACCUCAAGAACCCACUUCAAGCAAACCUGAGAACCAAGAAUACAAACCACAACCGGUACCCCCAGUUUCUCAGGAACCUCAGGGACAAAUAUACCAGCCGUUCUACCCAAACCCAUUUUACACUCCCUUAUGGCCUCAAGGCCCUUACCAGCCACAGAUGCCAACCCCUACACUGGCUCCAAAGGGCCAAGUAAACCCUGAUACGCAGUCACCAGUAACUAAACCCCCGCCAGGUAAAUUCCCUGAAUAUGUCCUUCCAAAUUACUACCCAUCUGGACCUACUCAGAAACCUCAAGAACCCACUUCAAGCAAACCUGAGAACCAAGAAUACAAACCACAACCGGUACCCCCAGUUUCUCAGGAACCUCAGGGACAAAUAUACCAGCCGUUCUACCCAAACCCAUUUUACACUCCCUUAUGGCCUCAAGGCCCUUACCAGCCACAGAUGCCAGCCCCUACACUGGCUCCAAAGGGCCAAGUAAACCCUGAUACGCAGUCACCAGUAACUAAACCACCGCCAGGUAAAUUCCCUGAAUAUGUCCUUCCAAAUUACUACCCAUCUGGACCUACUCAGAAACUUCAAGAACCCACUUCAAGCAAACCUGAGAACCAAGAAUACAAACCACAACCGGUACCCCCAGUUUCUCAGGAACCUCAGGGACAAAUAUACCCGCCGUUCUACCCAAACCCAUUUUACACUCCCUUAUGGCCUCAAGGCCCUUACCAGCCACAGAUGCCAGCCCCUACACUGGCUCCAAAGGGCCAAGUAAACCCUGAUACGCAGUCACCAGUAACUAAACCACCGCCAGGUAAAUUCCCUGAAUAUGUCCUUCCAAAUUACUACCCAUCUGGACCUACUCAGAAACUUCAAGAACCCACUUCAAGCAAACCUGAGAACCAAGAAUACAAACCACAACCGGUACCCCCAGUUUCUCAGGGACCUCAGGGACAAAUAUACCCGCCGUUCUACCCAAACCCAUUUUACACUCCCUUAUGGCCUCAAGGCCCUUACCAGCCACAGAUGCCAGCCCCUACACUGGCUCCAAAGGGCCAAGUAAACCCUGCUACGCAGUCACCAGUAACUAAACCACCGCCAGGUAAAUUCCCUGAAUAUGUCCUUCCAAAUUACUACCCAUCUGGACCUACUCAGAAACUUCAAGAACCCACUUCAAGCAAACCUGAGAACCAAGAAUACAAACCACAACCGGUACCCCCAGUUUCUCAGGAACCUCAGGGACAAAUAUACCAGCCGUUCUACCCAAACCCAUUUUACACUCCCUUAUGGCCUCAAGGCCCUUACCAGCCACAGAUGCCAGCCCCUACACUGGCUCCAAAGGGCCAAGUAAACCCUGGGACAUCAAACCCCCAAAUCCCUGGGAAAUUGUCACCCAGUAAACCACCUUCAGCUCCACAGAGCAAAGUGCCAUCACAACCUGAAGCUCCUGCAGGCGAAGUACAACAGCAGCUCUAUCCCUACUUCUACCAACCAGAGCCUGAAAAACAACCAGAUGAGAAGCCACAACCAUCUCAGGAACCAGGUGCUAAACCAGCUGUCAACCCUCCAGAAGGCAAUGUGUAUUACCCUUUUAACCCUUAUUACCCCCAGCAGCCUCAGCAGAUAACGUUACCCCCUACUACCUCCACACAGAGACCACAACCUAACAAAGGACCUAGUAAUGGUGGUAAUGUCCACCAAGGUCCACAACCAGGCUCUCCAUAUAUGCCCCCUUUCUACUGCCCUCAAUUCUGCCCAUCUGGCAUUUCUAAUUGCUGUCCACAAAUUGCUUUUCAUCAACACAUGCAUCAUUUUGUUCCAGCUGGACUUGGCAGUGAAAAUGCUCCUCUAGUCUAUCCAGUAAUGCCAUAUCUCUCUUCAUUGGGAUAUUCUGGGAUUGAUAGGGGCUUGGCUGAUCCCUCUCCAGAGCAAACAGUGUCAACAACUGCCACCUCUGCAACCGCUUUACAACAGGCCCUUCCACCUCAGAAUGAACAGCUGCCAUAUCUCCUGCCACCAGAUGGUGUCAGUAUACCUAUAAAUCAGAUGCCAACCUACCCUUAUUUUGUACCCAAUCUAUAUCUACAACAAAAUUUACCACAAAGCCAGUCAGCAGUUAAUUACAAUGCACCCUCUAGACCCCAGGCUCCUGGUAAUUGGCAAGGAAAUCCACAUUAUAUACAGUCACAACUGAGUCAACUACAGCUUUUGGCAAACCAGCAAAGGGUGCCCAGAGCCACGGAACUAAAACCAUCUAAUGUGAAAACCAGUGAUUCUGAAGAGCCAAUGCAAGCUAAAGUCAAAAGUGUAGCUGAUCGUUUUCUUGUCCCUAACCCCAUGCUUCAAGAUGCCCGAGCACCUAUUGCAAACUCCUCACAACAAUUUCUUGGUGCCUUAAAGAAAUCUACCAAUGCUCAAUCAAAGAGUUAUGUGCUGCUACAGCAGGGCCCACCAGGUAGGGAGCGCAACAGUAACACUGAAGAUCUGCUUGCUGACACAACCCUCCAGUCACAAAAUCUUAAACCCCAUCAUCGGAAUUUAAAUCCCCUACAGGAUAACCCCCCAUUUGUCUCUGCAAUGGAUGGCUCUCAUUUUGCACCAUUGCCCAAGGACUCUUUCAAUACAGCGCAUAUAAAUCCUGAAUUAUUAGAAAAAAUUUGGAAACUCAGGCGACCCCUCGGCUACAACCAAAGGAUUCCAGCCCAUGCUCCUGGAGAGGAAUUUCAAGGAUGGCACUCAGCAGCUGACCAAAGGACUGGAACUAUGCGCCCAGAGAGGUGAAGAACAUCAGAACUAGAAACUAGUUGCAUUCAAUUUGAAUAAAUGAUUAAAACAGUA